CAAAGCAUUGUGGGCCGGUGCGGUGUGACAGACGCCAUGUUUUUGUAUCUGGAGAAGAUGGAGGCUUCCUGCUAGCAGGCUAACUGCUAGCCCUGCUGUCUGUGGCUGUCUGUGGCUGUCUGUGGCUCUCAGGAGGAGCGUCUAAACCUCCAGUACACUUAAAGGAUACAUGUCUGUUUCAUUUAAAGACGAGCUGAGUCUGAUAUUAAACUAUAAAAGCAGGAGAAGUGGAGCUAGGUGAGCUAGCGGCUAGCAGCAGCUAGCUGGCUAAAGCUAGCAGUCACCACGGGUUGCCUGUAUCAGAGCUAGCUGGAAGAGGCUAGCUGAUCAUAAUAACCAUCUGAUCAUACACACAUCUCUCACUCAGCUGCAGGAUAGAGGUGUAAACUGGACCAGAGGCUGCACCUGAAGGUAUGGCCUGGAUUUGAUCUGGACUGUGCUGGUGAUGGCAGAAGGGACUGACACUGGCGAAAUGCCCUCCUUUGACCCAAGUCCUAGUUCUGAAGCAAAAAAGAGACCUACUUCUUCUGAUGGCAGAGACGAGCCCAUGAGGAAAAUGCCUGUUUCAAAAUUUGGUUCCAGACCUCGAUUUGAGCCUGUACACUUUGUUAGUGGUGGAAGCAGCGGAGGAGCCGGCGCUGAUGAGAAGGAGAACGAUAAGGAGCGCAGGAAGACUGAGUCGUACGGUGCGAGACAGUGGGACUCUGAGCACUCUUCCUACGGCGGCGCCAGCAGAGUGCAGGGCUCCUCCUCCCUGAGGCCUGCUUUUGACAGAGUGCCAGCGUACAGUUCUGACUCUUGGGGUUCCCAGAGAGAGAGAGACCGAGACAGAGAGAUUGGUUCAGGUAGUACAAGUGGGUUGGGGUAUGGAGGACGUGGGUCCACUUCAAACUUCAUGUCAAAAACACAGCAGGACUACUCAGCCAAGUUUGACGCCCACUCUUCUCGAAGUGAUUCCUAUGCUCAGCCCCACAGAUACAAUGGAUACGGGGGAGGGAGCAGAUCAGGAGGAUGGGAUUCGGGACGUCAGGGUUUGGGUUUCGGUCAUCAGGAGCGGCCGUCAUCAAGCAGGCCUUUCAGCAGAGUCUACAACAGCCCGGGCAGGAGCAGUCCCACCACUUCUCAGUCGGGCUCCUCAUCGCAGCCUAUUCAUAUAUCUCAGCCAACAUUAGAUGAGAAGCAAAGGCUGGUUUCCAAUGUAGCGUCUGCAUUGGCUGUUGCUUUUCGGGACCCUAUGUUCAUGACUGGAAGUGAAUCACCAAACUAUAAUUUCAUGUUGAGCCGCAGCAUUCAGGCCUGCAAGACUAAUCCCGAGUAUAUUUAUGUCAACUUGAAAGACAUUCCUCAGGCUGACCUACCGAAGAACCGGAAAGUACCGACCGACGGUUACGCCUGUGAGCUGAGAUGUCAGGGUGUGUAUCUUGCUACCGGAUACUCUGGUAGUAAAAAUGGAGCGAGGGACCGGGCCUCUGAGCAGGCUGUAAAACUCUUCCUGAAAGCAGUCGAGGUUCGUGUGGUGCAGCGCAAAUACAGACACUCGGUAGUCACUGACAUAGUUGUGUGCCAGAUGCACAGCCCGACCCCGGGCUUUCUACCUGCACUUCGAAACCCAGAGGAUAAACCGACACCCAGCUCCAAGGGCCAAUACGAGCCGGACAACAGGAAGCACUGGACAGAGUUUGUGGUUAUGGACAAUGCUCACGACGCCAUCUGCAUACUCAACAAUUCUGCGGCUUUUAAUCGCAUGAAGAUAGACUAUAAGUUCGACCUGCUCCCCAACAACAGCGCUUGGCUGUGCAGUGUUUUCCUGCAGGGUGAGCUGGUGGCGCAGUCAACAGGUACCAAAAAGAGCUCGAAGCAUUCAGCGGCUGAAGACGCAGUGAGGAAACUUCGCAUGAACCAGGCGCAACGACAGCAAGAGCAGCAGCAACAACAGCAGCAGCAGCAACACCACGAACAACAACACCAACACCACCAUCAACAACAACACCAACAACAAAUAUCACAAUACUCCAGAGGAAAUAAUCAAUCAGAUCCUUCUGGACGCUUCGGACAACCGGUCGUCAAAAAGAAGCAUCUGAGCGAGUUGGUCAUCCUGGAAAACUCUGACAAUGCAAUUUGCAUCAUCAAUGACACCGCUCAGUUUAAUAAAGUGUCGGCCGAUUACAAGUUCACGGUUCUGCCUGAUCAUCGCUGGAGGUGUGAGGUUUACCUGGAAGGACAGUAUGUAGCAGCAGGAAUCGGGCCCAAGAAAAUAGUGAAGCACAUUGCAGCAAAGGAGGCCUUAGCCACGUUGAGGCAGACGCAGGCUGUGGUCAAAUCCAACCUAAGAAAGGAGGGUCACUGUGACGCCAUAUCCCGAUCCCAGAUCCUGGCUCGCUCUGGCGAGGAGGCCACGAGGCAGGAGAUAAAGGAAGACAACAUCGGAAACCAGCUGCUCCGCAAGAUGGGCUGGAAAGGAGGCGGUCUGGGGCGAGAUGGGGAAGGCAUCGCAGAACCAAUCAGAGUGAAGGAGCAGUUCUCCAGGGAAGGGUUGGGUAUGGAAUCGGACAAAAGUGGAAACCAGCUCAGCAAGCGUGACAUUGAGGAUAUCAUUCGUACCUAUGCCGGUUCAGACCGUCAGGAUGACCUCCGCUUCUCCACGGACCUCACCAACGAUGAACGCAAGCAGAUCCACCAGAUAUCUCAGAAAUACGGCCUACGAAGCAAGUCGUACGGACAGGGGCGGCAACGGUUCCUCGUUGUCAGUCGCAAAGUACACAAAGAUCAGCUCAUUGGUCAGCUUCUAAUGGAGGGACAGGUGGGACGAUACGAGCUGGUGAAACCUCAGGCCACUCACUGAUUUGCAUGCAGAGCAAAAUUUUAAAAAAAUCAUCGGACAUCCGCUUGGACUUCGGUACAAAUCACAUUCAAGUGUAACUGCUGUUUAUACUUGUAUGUGACAAACUUACACACAUUAAUAAAAGAUAAUCCUUCAGGGAU